AUGACCGUGCUACUCAUCCUGAUUUAUUUGGAUCUGCUUUUUGGUUCAACUGGUGAAAAUAUGGAUUUAGAUUUACACGUUGAUCGAGAAAAUUGGCUUGAUCCGAAUGAUCCUUUUUCGCCAUCUUCAUUCUGCACCAAAAACACUCUUGAUCAGUUGGCCGUCUGUCAAGCGAAUUUCAAGAGAUGUAUGAAAGUUGAAAGUCAUGUUGAGGGUCAUUAUAUUCACGAUUCGACGCUGAAACAUAUUGUACGGAAUUUCUUACAUCGUAUGGAUGUUGACAUUGAUAAGACAAAGCGCGUUGAUCGAAUUGUAGAGGUAUAUUUAGAUGGCGACAGUUUGGCUGUUUUGAAGAAGUAUUUGAAUUCAAAGGAUGAAACAAUCACCGUGCGCGAGCAAGUUCGUGAAGUUCUGGAAAAAAUGAUUGUUCUGCAGCACUACGAAGAUAUAUCAUCUGUCAAGCGCAUCUUCGAUAUGGUUGUAACUUUUUUACCUUUGCUGAAUGCUGUGCUGUUGAUACCAGCUAUAAUGGCGAAUAUUGCAGCUAGGAUGUCACGUGCUGAAAAGUCAGUUGCUGAAAAAUGUAAAGCAAAUAAUUUCUUCUCCACUGCUAUCAAUAUGGUAUCGGGAUUAUUUGUCUUCAAAGGAGAAGACGAAUGUGAACAGCAUUACAAGGAUCUAUAUGUUAAUCCUAUAUAUGAAAUUUCACUCUUGGAUGUGAUUUGCGAGGUCCUGUCAAAUUUUAUAUUUACUUCUCUCGGUGUCUUUGGACGUCAUUUCAAUAUUUUUUUAAAUGAAUUUCUUCGUGAUUCUCCGCUGCACUUUAUUGUUGUGAAAACAAUAACUUUGUUUUUCCUCAUAGUUCUAUUUCUUUUUUGGCUUGGAGGCUAUCGAUUGCGUACUUUCAUGGCUACGAUUGAACCAGCUGAUACCACUCAUGCAAUGUCACAAAUACUGCAGACAGUCGAUCAUUGGUCUAACGAAGAAAGACCGAAAACAGACACUUCAAAAUCGACGAUUCUGCGAAUUGGUCUAAAACCAGUUCGUAAUACAGUUUCGAGUAACAGGCGCCGUUCACUGAGUACAUCUCGUUUAAGUUUGUUUAAAGUCUCAGCAUCAGAUCAUUGUUAA